AUGGUCGAGAUAAUUUUAUGGUUCUGUGAAGGAAAAGAACUGCAGAAUUCCCCUGACAUUCAGAUCCAUUCUGGAAGUGGAGGACUUCAUUCACUAAUUAUAGCAGAAGCCUUUGAAGACGAUACUGGGCGCUAUACUUGUCUGGCUUCAAAUUCCAUCGGUUCAGACAGUACCUCUGCUGAAAUAUUCAUUGAAGGUGCCAGUUCCACAGACUCAGAGAGUGAGAGUUUAAUUUUCAAAUCAAAAUCUGGAGCUAUGCCACAGGCCCAAAAGAAAACCACUUCUGUUUCCUUAACAAUAGGAUCUUCAACACCCAAGUCAGGAGUCACUACUGCUGUUAUUCAGCCUAUCUCUGUGCCUAAUCAGCAGGUCCAAAGCCCUACUUCACAUCUCCACCGUCUAGAUGGAUGCAAGCCUAUCUAUUCUGCACCUAUUUUUACUAAGGAGCUACAAAACUGUACAGCAUCUGAGGGACAAGUCGUGGUGUUGGAAUGCAGGGUCAGAGGAACCCCUCCAAUUCAUGUCAAGUGGUUUCGCCAGGGUACACAAAUCCAAGAUUCUCCAGACUUCCGAGUUCUCCAGAAAAAGCCACGAUCCGCAACUGAACCUGAAGAGAUAUGUACCCUUGUAAUUGCAGAAACAUUUCCUGAAGAUUCGGGAGUUUUCACAUGCACAGCAACAAAUGACCAUGGGACAGUGACAAGCAGUGCACAACUGAACGUCUGUUCAGCCAACUCAGAAAGCUCUAGCCAUGAAUCGUUAACAAGAGAAACCAGCAGGGAUGAUUUCCACCAUUUCCCGCCACUUCCUCCAGUUGAAAUCAGCUCUCUUGAGCUUCCCCCUAAGAAACACACAGAGACCCAGCAGGCCAACAACACUGAACUGAGAUCUGGUGUGACAGCCCUUCAAUUGCAGCACGAUGCUUCUGAGGAAAAAACAAAUGGUAUCCAUCCCAUUCAUGGAGUAAAUGGAAUGAUUAACAGCAAACCAAAUGGUGAUAAAUCCACCUCCUCUCCAGCUGGCUUGCUUUCACCCACUAAGGAGCCACCACCUGUGCUUGCCAAACCAAAGCUGUGAGUAUUCUUUAAUUCUUUUCCUAAAUUUGUUGGCUGUUGAACGCAAAUUUUCACCUAGAGCAAUUGAGUGCUAGACAAGUAAUGUCCAAUGUGUGUGUCUGCCCCUUGAAUGAUCUUCCUGUUGCUGCUCUUUAUUGCUGCAGUUUAUGUCCCAAGUUGCUGAAUAUGAAAGAGAACUGGUUUGGGGGUGUUCUAGUGUUGCAUCAAAUGCAACUGUGUUGAGUAUUUCUACAUUCUACAAAUUCUACAUACGU